GGACGCGGCCGAGCGGGGCGGCGGCGGCUCCGGUGAGCGCAGCGCGGGCGCGGCGGGGACGCGGCCGGGGGUCUGCAGGGAACGGGCUGUGGAGGCGCCGCGGAGCCCCGCAUCCUCCCCAGCCGUGGGAAGGGAGGGCGGGCGCUGGAGGACCCCGUCCUAACGCCCUUCUCCUGCCAUCGCCGCCUGGACGGCCUUCUGGGCAGCCCACUGCCCCUUCUCCCCAGAACAGCCUCGGGCAGAUUAUCACUCACUUAAGGACAGAGAAACCACCGGACUCAAGGGGGCCGCAGCCCUGACCAGGGACCGGACUUGUCUUGGCCGAGGGCUGCUCCGCUGGUCCGUCCCAUCAGCCUGGAUUGGUGAACCUGACUCCCAAGAGCCUCUCCAGAGGAGAAACCUGAGGCUUGGAGAGGGAAGUAGCUUGCCCUGGAUACCAGCCGGCGGGAGCCAGCUCGGAUUGGAAGCAGGCCUCCCCACAUGGACUCUUUGCUCGCUUCGUCAGCGACUGAUGCCUCGGGUGGUGGCUGCCAGUGUUCUCUGGGGAGGCUGCGGAGUGUAGAUGCUACACCUGCUGCGCCCACUGCGCGGCUUGCUUUCCCGUUUCAUGCACAGAGGCGUCCUUUUAGUGUGUUCUUCUCGCCACAUCUUUCUUACAGUGGCAUUUAAAGAAGUUCCUGUAUCGGCAUAAAUACCGUAAUACCCUCGGAAGCCACACGCCUGGAAAAUUGCAGCCCUGUAGCUAGUUCUCUUCUAGAGCCCAGUGGUUUUUCGAGUUGAUCUCUCCCCAGCCGAGGCGUCUGAGGCACGAGCCAGGGAAAUGCCUGGCAAAGCGCUCAGCACCCACAUCGGAUGGUGCCUCCCUCACCAAGUGCUGAGUGAAUGAGGGGGGCAGGGAGGGCCUCCCCAGGAUGGUUACUGUCUAGAGCAGUAGAGGUUUUGCUGUUGACUUAAAUAAUAACUACAUCUGGCCUUUUCUUUUCUUUUUUUUUAGGGUGACAUUGCAGCUAUGUAACAAGUUUGUAUUUCUCUGUGUUUGCUGGCAUGGGAAAUCUGCUCAAAGUCCUUACCAGGGAAAUUGAAAACUAUCCACAUUUUUUUCUGGAUUUUGAAAAUGCCCAGCCCACGGAAGGCGAACGGGAGAUAUGGAACCAGAUCAGCGCCGUCCUCCAGGAUUCCGAGAGCAUCCUCGCUGACCUGCAGGCGUACAAGGGCGCGGGCCCGGAGAUCCGAGACGCCAUUCAAAAUCCCAAUGACAUCCAGCUUCAAGAAAAAGCGUGGAAUGCAGUGUGUCCUCUGGUCGUGAGGCUAAAGAGAUUUUAUGAGUUUUCCAUAAGGCUAGAAAAAGCUCUUCAGAGUUUAUUAGAAUCUCUGACCUGUCCACCCUACACGCCAACCCAGCACCUGGAGCGAGAGCAGGCACUGGCAAAGGAAUUUGCGGAAAUACUGCAUUUUACCCUUCGAUUCGAUGAGCUGAAGAUGAGGAACCCGGCUAUUCAGAAUGACUUCAGCUACUACAGGAGGACAAUAAGCCGCAACCGCAUCAACAACAUGCACCUAGACAUUGAGAACGAAGUCAAUAACGAGAUGGCCAACCGAAUGUCCCUCUUCUAUGCGGAAGCCACGCCCAUGCUGAAAACCCUUAGCAAUGCCACCAUGCACUUUGUCUCCGAAAACAAAACCCUGCCGAUAGAGAACACCACAGACUGCCUCAGUACCAUGACGAGCGUCUGUAAAGUCAUGCUGGAAACACCGGAGUACAGGAGCAGGUUUACGAGCGAAGAAACGCUGAUGUUCUGCAUGAGGGUGAUGGUGGGGGUCAUCAUCCUCUACGACCACGUCCACCCCGUGGGAGCUUUCUGCAAGACGUCCAAGAUCGAUAUGAAAGGCUGCAUAAAGGUUUUGAAGGAACAGGCCCCGGACAGUGUGGAGGGGCUGCUGAAUGCCCUCAGGUUCACUACAAAGCACUUGAACGAUGAGUCGACUUCCAAACAGAUUCGAGCAAUGCUUCAGUAAAGCUCUGCUCCAAGAAGAGGAUCUAUGUACUGACCUCAGAAGAUGUAUAUGUUUACAUAAUUUAAUACAGAUUGAUGUUAAUACUUGUGUAUUUACAUAACCGUUUCCUUCUUGUCACUGCAAUAUAUGGACCUUAAUUUGUAUCCUGA